CAAAAGCUUUUACACAAAUUAACUCAAUUUGGAAAAAAGAAAAAUUCUACUCCCCUGCUUCGUCCCCAGUGCCACGCCGCCACCUCAGCCAGUCCUCCGUCCUCAGCGGCCAGCGCCACCACAUACCUCCGCUCCGACCCUUCUUCAGACUAUAACAGAAGCUAGUUGCCUAGCUAUUUUAGCUUCAAAUUCCUUUCUAUGGUUCAAAAAUGAACUUAUCACCUCGUAUCAUCCCCCCUUUAGCUUCCCAUUUACUCUUCAAAACUUUCCCUCUCUUAAUUCAAACUCACCACCCUACUUUUUCAACCCAAGCUCUUCAAGAUUCCUCCAAUAUAAUCACUUCUAUAUGCAAUUCCCUACGCAGAGGAGAAAAUUGGGAAUCUUUAACCAAAAAGUUUCAAUCUUUUCACUUCACACCCCCAAUUAUGCAACAAGUGCUUUUAAACCUCAAAGAACCAAAUGAUUCCAAAAAUGCUUUGAGUUUCUUCCAUUGGUCAUCAAGAAAUUGCAAUUCUCGACAUGGGGUUUUUAUUUAUUGCAUUACAAUUCAUAUUCUUGCAAAAUCUAAGCUUGUGAAAGAUGCAAAUGCACUGCUUGAAUCUGCUUUGAAAAAUGAAAAUUUAUUUGUUGUUCUUGAUUCUUUAAUUGGAAGUUAUAAGUUAGUUGAUUCGUGCCCGUUUGUGUUUGAUUUAUUUGUGCAAUGUUGUGCUAAGUUGAGAAUGAUAGAUAAGUCUUUAGAUGUUUGUAAAUUGUUGGAUGAAAAUGGAUUUAUGCUUAGUGUUAUUAGUUACAAUACUAUGCUUCAUGUGGUGCAGAAAUCGGAAAAGACUAGUAUGGUUUGGGGUAUUUAUGAGUAUAUGAUUGAGAAAAGGAUAUAUCCGAAUGAAAUGACAACGAGAAUUAUGAUUAGUGCUUUGUGUAAAGAAGGAAGGUUGCAACGAUUUUUGGAUGUUGUGGAGAAAAGUCAUGGAAAAAGAUGUCAACAACCCGGGGUUGUUGUGAAUACGUGUUUGAUAUAUGGGAUGAUUGAGGAGGGUAGAAUUGAAGACGGGUUGAGUUUGAUGAAGAGAAUGUUGCAAAAGAAUAUGAUACUUGAUACGAUUUCGUGUUCUUUAGUCGUUCUUGCGAAGGUGAAGAUGAGAGAUUUGGAGUCUGCUUGGAGGGUUUAUGAUGAAAUGCUUAGGCGGGGUUUUGAAGGGAAUGCACUAGUGUAUGAUUUGUUCAUUGGGGCGUAUUGUGAAGAGAAGCGGAUAGAUGAAGCAAUUAAGCUGAUGGAUGAAAUGGAGCGUUUGUGUAUGAAACCGUUUGGUGAAACAUUCAAUCAUCUGAUUAAGGGUUGUUCAGAAGUGGGAAGAUUAGAAGAAAGCAUGAAAUUUUGUGAUAAGAUGAUAGCAAAUGGGUUCGCUCCUAGUUGUUUAGCUUUUAACAAACUCGUCGCUAAGCUUUGUGAAAAUGGAAGUGCAAAGUCUGCUGAUCAGCUAUUGACUUCUCUGAUGGAUAAGGGUUUUGUUCCAGAUCAAAGCAUCUAUACUUACCUCAUUGUUGGUUAUGCCGACAAAGGUGACAUUGAAGGAGCACUUAAGCUUUAUUAUGAAAUGCAAUAUAGGUCGAUCUCUCCUAAUGCUUCUAUUUUUGAUUCAUUGAUUAUUGCUUUGUGUCAAUGUGGGAGAUUGAAAGAAGCGGAUGAGUUUUUCUCUUUAAUGGUUGGUCAAUCCUUGACACCAAGCAUUCAUGUUUACAAGAAAUUGAUCGCAAGCCACUUGGAGAGGGGCGAUGAAACAGGGGCUCAUCAGCUGUACAGACAAAUACGUAGAGAGAUUUGACAACAUACAAUAGAGUAGUUUCUGAGCUUUCUACUUUAUUUGAAACGCAGUCGGACUGUAUCAAUAAGCAGAUUAAAAUUAAAAGUUUUCUCAUAACGUUCUUCGUGAUGGUAUUUGUGAGCGUUGGUUGGCAAGUGGUAACAUGAUCUUCUCCGCUAUAGUUUGGUUGUUGGUAUCAUAAUGUUUGGUGAUGUGCUUCAUUGGUGAGCUAAUAGGCACCUCUGUUCUACAACGUUAUUUCUCGUGAAUUAAAAAAAUUUGACUACAACUUUGGAUGGUGUCUAAGUUAUUAUUAUACAUAUUGGUCAAAGAUGUGGAUUUUCUUUCCAGUAGCAAUUUGAAUGGUUUAUCGUGAACUUGAUAAGCCACUUCUUCAGAGUACUUAUCUGAUAAAAUGACAUGCUUUAUCUCAAUGAAGUGCAGCUUCUAGAUGAAUUUUGAAGCUUGGAAAUGAAUGAUUCGAGCUGUUGGUUUACUACAAGUCGUAAAAGCAAAUUUGGAACCAAUUCACCACAAAAGAAUAUUGACUAUACUGAGAGGUGCUGAUGUUUUAAGUAGAAAAGGUGGUAGUAAAGGGUGAGAAUUAUUUCAGUAUUAAUUCAACUGUUCCUUAACUCUCAGCUGUUGUUUCCCUCGAUAGGGGAAAAAAAAUAAGCUGGACGGCAAAGAAAACAUGAUGCAAGCCGCCUUCACUGCUUCAAAGUGGCAGUGAUAUCAAGUAAGGCGGAGUGUUGUGCUUGACCUGAUAGGUUGCCGGUUUUGUCCAUACUGAUCAAAGUAGUAGCCAGGUUCAUGUGCUUGAAGCUAUAAUGAGGAAUUUUAGUAAUAUGUUAAGGGGAGUAACCACUGCUGGAAAUUGAUUGUAUUGAUUCACACUCGACUAGAGUAAUGAAAAACAUACAACUCCAGAUAUGGCAUAUUGAUCUUGUUCUUGUCAUGCGUGACGUCAUAUCGUAUUGCUAUGUUAACUUGAUGAUUAAUCACGAGACACAAAUUGCUACGAUUGCUGAUAUAAUUUUACCUUGUUUUUUCUUUUUUUGCUUCGUAGGAGCAGAAGUUUGUUGAUUUCAAGCCGAAGCAGACUAUCGUUCGCAUAAAGUAGUGGACAGUCAAAUUGACUUGAGCUCUUCCGGAUUUGCACAUUGCAUUCAGGUCAUUCUCUUCUUACCAAUAAUUUCCUACAUUUUGUAUGAUAAUACAUAUUUUUUCCACUUCAUUUGUUGCUUCUGUAUCAUGAACAUAUUUUCUUAUAGAAAAAUCACAUGUCAAGUUGCAAAGGGGAGGUGCAACUGAUUUGAGUACUCUUAGAUGGUUGAAUCUGCAUUUUUUCCUACAUGGUAUAAGAGAAACUAUGGAAUAAAACUACAUAUUUGUCAAUAUCCUCCUCCUUUUCCUUUUCUUCUUCUUAGGCUAAUCUUUCUUUCUAGAUAAAUAUAGCAUAUCCACUUGUCUAUAUUUUGUGCAAAAGAUUCUAUUAUACAAUGGUGAAAGGAAGAAAUCUAGAGUAUGGAAUGUAAUAAUGUGUAGCAGUACCCUUUAAGGACUGGAGUACUAGUUUAUUAAAAAGACGCGGUCCAGUGUACAAAGCAUCCCGUGUUCACGCAGGGUUCGGGAAGGGCCGCACCCCAAUGGGUGUGAUACUGCUAAAUUACUUGGCCCAGGAUUUAUGCCCGAAAUUAGGUUCUAAAGGCACCAUUCUCUAUGAGAAAUUACGGCUUGUAUCAUCAGGAUCUUUUGUUUGCUCCGCAAGGUAGUCAGAGCCAGCCAGUUUUCCAUUAAACAGGCAUGAUAGUCUCUUCACCUGCACCUUGGCUUGCAUUGAUUUGAAACUACUACUAUACUAAACUGAUAACAUCCAUAGCUGGAAGCUUCAGCAGCGAGGAUGUUUGAGGAAGAAGAUGAGAGGAGUUUCAGAGAGACAAUUCGAGAGAGAAAAUGAAGAUCUCCAUUAUCUUCUUCUAAGAAAUGAGCUGUAUCUUUACAAGACUAUAUAUAGACAAACACAACUAAGAACUAACAGAGUACCUACAGUAAUAACCGUCUAACUAACUUUACUAACUGUACAAAUAAUACAACUUAAUGUACAAUCUCCUACAGCCACAGCUUGUAUUGGCUCACUACUCUUCUACAUAAACCGCCUGAAAGCGGAUUUUGUUGGGUUAGCUUUUUGGUAGGAAAGGCGGUCACCAGAAGAAAUGGGCAGGCUUUUGUCAUCCAUAUCCAUCACUGUCCGGGGUAAGCAGUGUAUUCUAAUGCAAGCGUAUUCCUUUUCUUUUUACUAUUUUAUUAUGAAAAUAAAUGUAUACAUGCAGAGCCUAAAUUGUAAUGCAAAUAGGUCGAAAUUAUCAAAGCCAUAUUCCUUUUUAUU